UUUUGGAAGCCAAUGGCAGCAACAUGAGUGGAGCCCAACAGGACGGAGCCAUGACGGCGGACAGCCUCCAUCUGAACGGGACGGCAGCUUUGGGACUACAUGACCAGGAGAUGAACACAGCGCUGUUUGAGUUCAAAGUGUUUAACAUUGUCAUCAUCGCCCUGGCCUUGUGUAUCCUCACCAUCACCGGCCUGUACUGCAUCACUGUCUGCUACAACCGCACCAGGCAGUCAAAGAGAGCCCACGUGUAUGAGAGUGCAGUGACCCGAGGCGAGCCAGCGGACCCUGUAGCGGUCAAAGCAGUGAAGAGGUCCACCAGCUUCAUGAACCCUCUCGCCUUCUUUAGGAAACCCGAGGCAACAAAGGACAACUCCAGGAUCUACUACAUCUACAGUAACCCUCUGCCUGUGGGACUGAAGGAGGAGGAGGAGGAGGAGUGGCGGACUAAAGCCCUGCAGGAACCCAAGGAGCAAACUGUACUGACGCUGCCGCUGUCCUUUCAAGAGUACGCCAAUGAUCCCAAGAGUGGUGUCGUCCUGGACCCUCCCAUUUUUUACAUGCAGCUUUAGAAGGUGGUGAGGAGUUCUGCUGUGGGGGCGGGAGGGAGAAGUUGUCUGAAUGUCUGAGGUGGGCUAUAGAGACACUGAAAUUUGAAAGGUCCGAGUUCUGACCCCUGCAGCUGUGUUCGUCAAACGUUAUGUCAUCAUGUACGACCAUUAAAGGGGCACUACACAGAUUUAAUUAUACAUUCUGUUAGUUCUCAAUGGGAGCAUUACUAAGCCAGUAAAAGUAGCAGGUUAAUGUCCUGUAGCUCAAGUGUGAGAACCCCUGAUGAUGUCAUAGUGAUGUAAUGAGGGUUAUCUCAGCGAAGCCUGGGAGUCUACACAUUUAUAACCCUAAGCCUUCUAGGCUGCAGCGUUGCCAAAUUGGUGACUUUCGGGAAACACUUGAUUUAGUGACUUUUCAGACCCUCUUGGCCACAUUAGCCCCUUUCAUAGUGCCGUUUCAUGCCGGAACAUUUACGGCUCUGUCACGUCUCGAAGAGAUGGAAAAUUGGUGGGACUGUUGAAAGCGGGAACACUAUGAACGGGCCAUCCCGGCAAGGUGGAAUAUUUCACAUUACAUGUGACGUCUAACACACACCUCCCACUUGGAUCCGACAGACAUCAAAUCACUGUUCACUGCGUCCGCUGCUCAUUGUAAACAAGCCAGCAUCGCUAACUGUGCACAGAGUGUCUGGUGCUUGUUGUAAACAAACAAAUGUCGCUAACUGAACACAUACUGCUGCAGCAUGUAAUUAUUGUACUGCUACAGAGCUAACUGUGUAGCCUAUUAGCACUGUGCUACUGCGCAGCACUGCUGCUGCUCUGUUGCACGUCACUAUCGUCUCCUCCCACCAGCACCUCUAUGAAAGGGCACGAAUAUCACGCCUUCGCAGGAUCACUAUGAACGCUCUAAGGCGAAAAGCCGACACAGAUUGUUCAGACAAUAUAGCGGACCUCACUAUGAAAGGGGCUUUCAUCUCUAAAAAGCGACUAAUGUAGCAAGAAAUGUAUUGCAUUAUUUGGAUGAUCAGAGAAAAAGCAAGAAAUAUAUAUCAUUGUAAUGAAUUCCCAUGCAUGCUGCACAGAGUAAUCACAGUCCACAGUUGACGUUGUGUUGUGGACUUUGUCAUGUGGAAAUAUGGAAAAAAAGUGGGUUGGAAAACCAUUAGAUGCUAGGGAUGCUAUCAAGCUGCAUUAUGGGAAAUGUAGGAUCCAGUGUUUAAAAGCUAGUGACCUGCUAGAAAACAAAAAUGAAGCUUAUUUCAUCCACUGCCUUUUAAAUUUUGACAGUACAAUAAUGUAUCUGUGUCCCACUGGCACCACUCUGCACUGCUCUCUCUGUUACCACCUUCCCGGCCCACAGUGUUGUCACAGAUUCGCAGUGGCCACCUUCCCACUCAGGUUACACUGUUAGCUUUGUCCCCACUGUUGCUGUUUUUAGGGCUGUUGGUGGCGUUAGCACUAUUAGCCACUGCCAUGUUAAGAGCCGUGUGCAGGCAAUCGAUAUGCUCUGAAUUCCAUGUACAGACACUUUAUGACCUUAAUUAACUCUUUAACAAAGAUCUGUCUUGGCAUCUCUGACUAGAAGUCUUAGUCAAUAUGAGGUCUAACAGGUUUUUCUUCCCUCAAAGACAUACAAAGGUACACUGUGGCUAUCAUUCAUUCAAGCAUUGUUUUUAUUAAUCAACCCGUUCCG